AUGCUCGCCGUCCUCCUGCUCCUUCUCCUGGUGGAGGAGAUUAGCCCAGGGCAGCAGGAAUAUCGCACGCUUGCGGGCAUGGGUCCAGCCCGCCCACCAAUGGGGCUGGGCGCGGCUGAGCCGCUGCGGAUGCUGCUUCCAUUAAUUGCGGCCGUGUGGUUGCUCCUCUCGCCCGCUGGCGCUGCAUCCUCGCUCGUUUGUGGACAUGGAGACGACGGUAGCUCCGUGAAAGGAUGCCGAAAUGCGGCCCCGACGGCCACCGUCAGGAAUGGCACGUACGCCGGACUGUACAACGCUAAUUACAAGCAGGAUUUCUUCCUCGGUAUGCCGUUUGCGCAGAAACCUGCCCGCUUUGCUGUUGCCGAGUCUCUCAACUCCACGUGGAACGGUGUCCGCAACGCGACGUCGUACCCGCCCCACUGCGUAGGCUUUGGCCCGGACAUGGUGGGCUACGACAUGUCCGAGGACUGUUUGCACAUCAACGUGGUCCGCCCGGCCGGGAUUGACCCAGCCGCCCAGCUUCCUGUGGCUGUCUGGAUCCAUGGCGGCGGUCUCACCAUGGGAGGCUCGGCCGACAGGCGGUACAAUCUUUCCUUCAUCGUCCAGAACAGUGUCGACAUGGGCACCCCGAUCAUCGCAGUGAGCUUUAACUACCGCCUGGCCGUAUUUGGCUUCAUAUCCGGCCCCGAAGUGCAGGCCGCCGGCGCAACCAACCUCGGGUUUAGAGACCAGAGGCUCGCACUGCACUGGAUCAAGGAGAAUAUUGCUAGCUUUGGGGGCUCUCCCGAAAAGGUGUCCCUGUGGGGCGAAAGCGCAGGAGCAAUCAGCAUCAACGCCCAGUUGUUUGCGUACAAUGGUCGGGACGACGGCCUCUUCCGGGCGGCAGUUGUCCAGUCUGGCUUCGGCGGCAUUCUUCACUACCGCACGCCUGGCGGCCUCAACAACACAGACGCCCCACGAGCCACCUACAACCGACUCGUGUCGGCAACCGCCUGCGCCCCGACGCUUGGGACGCCAGCCUCGGUGCAAUGCCUGCGCUCCCUAACGCUCCCGGAUCUCAUGUCCGUCCUCAGCAACACGACCCUGAACGUUGCCGUCUGGCUGCCCGCCAUGGACGGUGAUUUCAUCGCCGACUAUCCGUCUCGCCAGCUCCGCGACGGCAGGUUCCCCCGCGUCCCCAUCCUCGUCGGCCAGAACGCCGAUGAGGGCGCGUCGUUUGGCCAGAACAAAAGCGUCAGCGGGGCGGCGAUCAACACCGACGACGAGAUGGCCGAGUCGGCGUCGAGGAUCAUUCUGGGGCCGGGCCCCAACCUGCCCAGUCUCCUAACCGAGUUGCUCGACUUGUAUCCCAAUAUUCAGGCCGUGGGUGUUCCGUCACUGGACAAGUUCCCAGCCCUGACGCCAGAGGUGCCCGAGGCUUCGUUUUUGGGUUUGCAGUACAGGCGAUCGGCGGCGAUCUACGGUGACUGGAUACAAUCCUACCAGAGACGCAGAGGUGUUAUCGAAUGGUCUAAGCACGGCGUCCCGGCCUACAGCUACAAGUUCGACGUGACGCCAUCCGGUUCCCCUGCAUACAUGUCCGCGGCCCACUUCACCGAGGUCGCCUUCGUGUUCUACAACAUCGCUGGCGUGGGAUACGCGGUCAAUCCUUUUGAGAACGCCCCCGAAUCGUACAAGGUCGUGGCCAAGGCCAUGUGCGACGCCUGGGUGCGCUUCUUCGUCGGCAUGGAUCCUACCAGAGGGGCGUCGUCAGGCUUGCAUUGGCCGGUAUACGAUCACAAGGCCGGCGGUGGAGUGGGGAAGAACAUUGUUUGGGACGCCGAAAGGGUUUCGUACCUGGAAUGGGACAGCUGGCGCGCCGAGGGUAUUGAUUGGAUGAUUCGGAAUUCGCUCUCCGUAUUUGGGAGCUAA